GUGAAAUAUGAGGCAUUGGUGAGGUUCAAAAUGAAAAGAAUAAACUCAUUGUUAAAGGCUAUGGAGGAGUAUGAGGAGGAGGAGAGACAGAACAGACUGGGGCCAGGUGGACUGGACCCUGUGGAAGUCUACGAUACUCUGCCAGAGGAAAUGAAGAAGUGUUUUGAUGAUAAAGACAUCUCAAUGCUGCAGGAAGCUAUCAGCAAGAUGGACCCCAUGGAGGCAAAGGGCCACAUGAAGAGGUGUAUUGACUCAGGACUCUGGGUUCCCAACGCCAAUACCGACAACGAAGAGGACAAGGAAGAAGAAGACGAGGAAGAGGACAAAGAAGAUGAGGAAGAAGCAGAGAAGGAGGGAGAGGCGGAGGAGGAGAAAUGACUCUGUCAUGAAUUGAACCCUUCCUUUAGACUUUUGACCUUUUCAGACCUAGCUACACCCUUUACUAGCGUUAGCUUGUCUUAUUGAAAACAUGCUGUGAAGAUGCUAACUUCCCUAGCGUUAAUUGGGCUAGUAUCGCUAGCAUUAGCCUGACCCAUUGAAAACCUGCACCGGGCCAGUAUUUACAAAGAGUCAGCUCUAGGAUCAGAUUCCCCUCUCCAAUCCUGACGUUAACCAUUUGUGGAAAAUGUUAAACUUCAUCCUGCUCCAGUUUCUACCUAUAGUCCCUUUCUCCAUGACCCCAUCUUUAUAUUAACCCCCCCCCCCCAUCUCACUUCUACCCAUAGUCCCUUUCUCCAUGACCCUAUCUUUAUAUUAACCCCCCCUCACCUCACUUCUA